AUGUCUGAGCUCCUGUUUACUCCACAGCUGCUGUUUGGUAUCAUCAGUCUGAGUCUCCUUCAGAUCAUUUCAGCUGAUCUCAUAUCUGUUGAUCCUGGAGAGAACAUCACUCUGCUCUGUAACAUCACUCAGGUUUCAGAGAUCUCGUGGUAUCAGAUGAACUCAGCAAGCGUGAGGCAGAUUAUAUCAGCCAGACAAAGGGGUCUGUAUAAAGACUUUUAUGUAGAUUAUAAUGUAGACGAGAGUCACUUUGAUGUGACAGAAAGCAGCAGUUCAGUCAGUUUAGUGAUUAUUGGAGUUAGAGAGACAGAUCUGGGGUUUUAUUACUGUGGAGGUCGAAAUGACACGACACACACUCAGUUUGGGAAAAACAUCAAACUCAACUUUACUACAGGCUCUCAGAACCGUAAGGCUGAUGGUUCAGACACACUGCAGUUUGACCCUCACACAUAUUGUAAAGUUAUUAUUAUAAUUCUGUCAUGUAUGUGCACGCUCCUUGUUUCAGUGAACAUCAUCUGCUCCUCUCUGUAUUGUUUCAUGCUACAGGACAAGUGUUCUUUCCUGGGGAACUCAUAUAACAAGGAAGCUGAGUUUCAACCAUCUGAUGUGACCUGUGUGACAUACACUUGUGUCUCCUCACGGCCCAGAAAGCAUUAUGAGCCUGAGGAUUACAAUCAGUAGAGAACCUGUUGUGAUCUGAUCAAAACAUGACUGAUAAAAUGUUGUAAUAAAUAAUUUCCUGUUCUGUACUCAAAAGCACAUUAUUGACCUGUUUAAUAUAAAGACUUGUGAUUUUAAUAAAAUUUGAAAGAACUGAUGUGGUUUAUACUUUACA